CGCUAGGAGGGCGCGACAAAGCCGGCAGGCGAGGUGACCGGGCACCGGUUGUGAGCGCGAUGAGGCCCGGAGAGGAGCGGCCUGUGGAGGGCGGCGUCUGCGCUGUUGUCUCCGAGCUGGAGCUGCUGAAGCUGCGCGCCGCGGAGCGCAUCGACGAGGCGGCCGAGCGCCUGGGGGCCCUGAGCCGCGCCAUCUGGAGCGAGCCCGAGCUGGCCUACGAGGAGCACCAUGCCCACCGCGUGCUGACGCGCUUCUUCGAGCGCGAGCCCCCGGCCGCCUCGUGGGCGGUGCAGCCGCACUACCAGCUGGCCACGGCCUUCCGCGCCGAGUGGGAGCCGCCGGGGCCCCGGGCGGCGCCGCGCCCGCUGCACCUGGGCUUCCUCUGCGAGUACGACGCGCUGCCCGGCAUCGGGCACGCCUGCGGCCACAAUCUGAUCGCCGAGGUCGGGGCGGCGGCCGCGCUGGGCCUGAAGGGGGCCCUGGAGGGCCUCCGCGGGCCGCCUCCGCCGGUGAAGGUAAUUGUCCUGGGAACCCCUGCAGAAGAAGAUGGUGGUGGCAAAAUUGAUUUAAUUGAAGCAGGGGCUUUUAAAAAUCUUGAUGUUGUUUUUAUGGCCCAUCCAUCCCAAGAGAAUGCUGCUUACCUACCUGAUGUGGCUGAACAUGAUGUGACUGUGAAAUACUAUGGAAAAGCAGCUCAUGCUGCUGCUUAUCCCUGGGAAGGAGUAAAUGCGUUAGAUGCUGCUGUUCUCGCCUACAACAAUCUGUCUGUGUUAAGACAGCAAAUGAAACCAACCUGGAGAGUUCAUGGUAUAAUAAAAAAUGGUGGUGUAAAACCCAAUAUCAUUCCCUCUUAUUCUGAAUUAAUCUAUUACUUCCGUGCACCCUCAGUGAAAGAACUUCCAAUUUUGACCAAAAAGGCAGAAGAUUGCUUCAGAGCUGCAGCUUUGGCUACCGGGUGCACAGUAGAAAUUAAAGGUGGAACACAUGAUUAUUACAAUGUUCUUCCCAAUAAGAGCCUAUGGAAAGCUUAUGUUGAAAAUGGAAAAAAGCUGGGAAUAGAAUUCAUUUCAGAAGAUGCAAUGUUGAAAGGCCCUUCAGGAUCUACUGAUUUUGGAAAUGUUUCUUUUGUGGUUCCUGGGAUUCAUCCAUAUUUUUAUAUUGGAUCUAAUGCCUUGAAUCAUACAGAACAAUAUACUGAAGCUGCAGGAUCACAAGAAGCUCAGUUCUACACUUUGCGUACGGCCAAAGCUCUGGCAAUGACUGCACUGGAUGUUAUCUUUAAACCAGAAUUGCUAGAAAGAAUUAGAGAGGACUUUAAAUUGAAACUUCAAGAAGAAGAGUUCUUAAAUUCAGUAGAGUAAAAAGAAGAUUUAGGAGCCACUAAUGGAUCAUUAAGAAGUGAUGAUUUUUUUCUUUAAUCUUAUUUAGUGAAGAAGGAGGGCAUGCUUGUUUUGCAAUCUUAGAGGAGUCAAAUUCCUCUUACCUGAAAAGUGAGGGCAUGAUGUGGAGAAAACACAUUACCUCAUAUCUAAAAUGAAAAUUUUCACAAGUCUGUAUUUGAUGGAAUCGUGAUCUUUUAGGAGCUGGUAUGUGAUGGCAUUUCUUAAACAACCCAGAUGAUACAUCGUUUAUCAGUGAUAAUAUUUUAUAAAUUCAUAUGUUUUGUAAGUAUUUUAAAAGAUCCGAGAGAUUUCAAACUUUCUAUUCAGAAUUGACACAUGAGAGAUUUUUUUGGUAUAGGGUGGUAAAAUUGUUCUAUAAAGUAGGUUUAAAAUUCAAGUUCCAAAUUUAAGUUCAUUUUGAAUAUCUGACUAUAUCUGUUCUGGUUUAGAGAAUGUCUUCAUUGAUAAUAAAAGUAGGUUUGUAAUCAGAAAAUGCUGGGGAAACAGCUAAAAACUCAGGUACAAAGAGUAAGCUUUAGUUUUACCAUUUGAAGGAAAAUGAAAAUGUUCUUUUUUAAUAUAAUUAACUCUGGGAAGGGGCAUUAAAGUGCUAUUCCUAAUUCCAUAUUAUUAUAAUAGGAAAAAUUAUAGACGGAUAGGAUUAGACUCUUGCUGUAAGGUAUUUGCUUGAUACUCCAGUGUGCUCUAGAGGGACUUAAUGAGAGAGGAGUAAUGCCUACUUAUCUUGAAUGUUUAAUGUCACAUAACUGGUCCCCUCUACCUAGUAGCCCUAUUCAGCCUUUUACUCAGAAGCCAGCCUGUCCAUCCUCCCUGGACAAUGUUGUAGUUUACCGAGUUUAGGGGACAGAGUUUUAAGCCUCCUUAAGCCCCAUGCUAGCCCAAUAUUAAUUAAAAAGCAUUAUAAGUUUUUCCUGGUUCUUAUUUUAGUGUGAAUUUCUUGAACAUGAUAAAAGAAUGUGAAAAAAGUAUCUGAUAAAACAAAUAUUUUAAGCUGUGAAUAUAGUGAAGCUCCAAUAUACUUUGUUUUAAAGGAAGUCCUCAAAUUUCAGUGUAAGCAUUCCAAAAAUGGAAGGGGAAGGAGAGAAAAGUGAGCGUUUGGCCUCUCUGCUGUAAGCAAGUUACUUGGGCUCUCUGAGCCUUCAGCUCCCUGUUUGGAAAGUUAGAUAGAUCGCUUAUUCAUACAGUCCUUUGAACCUCUAAUUCCUAUUCUAUCUGAAAUUAUUUAAAGUCGAAAGAACGAGAGGGGUAUUUUUUUAGAAGAGUUAGUAGUUGAGCGUUGCUUUUCUUCUGUAUCAGGGAUCUGCAAACUAUAGCCUGGUUUGGCACGCAGCCUGAUUUUAUGGCUAGUGAGCUAAAUAUGAUCUUUGUAGGGAAAAAAAAAAUAAAUCAGACCAGGUCAUGUGACCUGCAAAACCUAAAAUAUUUACUAUCUAGCCACAGAUAAAAAAAGUUUGCCAGCCCCUGUUCUAUAUAACAGUAAAAUAAACCUGUUUCUCUUUGAUUUGCUUCAUGUAAUCACAUCUCGUAGGAUAAAACUUCAAGCCUCUGGAUUGAAAACUUUGAGAAAGGGAUUUAGAUGGCACUGUUCUGGUGUUGACCAUUAUGAUGCAUCAGCGGUGUGUCCUUGUUGGGAGUUGUGGCACUUGAGAAGUUUGUUUUCUUUUAGCGUUUACGUCACUCUGGAAUGCAGCUACCCUGCUGCCUUAAGACUGUCCCCGUGCAAGCCAGUCUUCUGACUCUUCAUAUCAGCUUUUAGAACUUGAUCCUUCAUGACACCCUUUGUCUGAUUAUUUAUAAUCUCGGAUGGUCAUGGUUGGUAAUAUUUUACAAACAGGAGAGGGAUCGGCAGAGGAUUCAGACUGAGAAGUGGAUAUGUCUGAGACCUCUGGUUUGUAUACGUGGAAUUAGUUUCCUAAUUAUCAAUUUAAUAAAUUUCUCAACUAUAAGUUUUAAAUUCCUCAUAUAAAUUCUUCAAAGGAAAUUUAUUUUCUAAAGCCUUGAUAAAAUUCUAGAACAGCAGUUGUUAACUGGUAUCCCAACACAUUAAUAUUCUCCCGUCUUCUCUAAGUGUCACAAGUUAGCUGUUACUCAUACAAAGUAUUUGUAUUUUGCUUGUGAUUAAUUUACUUUUAAAAAACAAACUAUAGACAAUUUCAGGUUAGCGUUGUGUUGUUACUGAUUCACUUGCAUUCUGGUUCGUAUUCUUGCAUGAGAGUGCAGGGGCUGGAGUUGCAGCUGGCGUGCAGAGAAUAAGUGUAAUCUGCACCAGCGCUGUCUGCCUCAACCCAGUAGGAGGAACUGAUAUUGAUAUGCCACUAAGAUUUGCAUCACUUCUGAGUUUCUCUAAUAUUUCCCUUUCAGUUUUUGCAAAAUGUGGUCAAAAUAUUGGUUUACCCAUUGGAUUAUGUCAUGGAUUUAUCAUUUUAGAAAAGAGGUUGAGAACUGAUGCUCUGUAGUCUAUCUAGAAGUAUAUUUUUUCCAGAUCUUACCUUGAUAUUUUACAUUAUUUUACUUCAACAGUUAUUUAAUAUAAUUAGAUUUUUUAAAAUUUAGGGGGUUUUUUUUGGUGAGGAAGAUUGGCCCUGAGCUAACAUCUGUUGCCAAUCUUCCUCUUUUUGCUUGAGGAAGAUUGUUCCUGAGCUAACAUCUGUGCCCAUCUUCCUCUAUUUUGUAUGUGGGCUGCCUGCCACAGCAUCGCUUGAUGAGCAGUGUGUAGGUCUCCGCCCAGGAUCCGAACCAGUGAACCCUGGGCCUCCAAAGCAGGGCACGCAAACUUAACCACUAUGCCACUGGGCUGGCCCCUAAAAAUUCAGAUUUUUAAAAUCUCUUUUUACUUUCUAUAUUCGAGUAAAUUAAUUGAGCCAUAUUACACUAAAAAGUGUAAAUAAAUACAGAAAUAAAUACUGGAGUCAAAUUCUCAUGUCCAGAAGAACCAACUAUAGCUAAUUUUCAUUAUACCAUUUGAGUUUAGGAGACUGCUUCAUUUGUAGUGAUAGUUUGUCCUUUUGGAACUGAGUUCUUUCUUUACCCUCAUACUUCAACAGCAUGUUUCCUAAGUAAUCAUGCUAAGUUUUUAUACGUAUUUAUACUUAGCUUAAAUUACCAUUGUUGGUUGGUCCUCACAUAUUGGAUUAAAUUUCCAAAGAUUUUGGAAGAUAAACAGGGAAGAACUGGAUUAUAGGUUGAACAGGUCACUUUUAUUAUUUUAUUUUAUUGUUAUUUUUAUUUAUUAUUUUAUUUUAUUAUAGGGCUCUUUUAGAUAAAGAGGGGUUAUAUUUAGCUCUUUAUACUUAAAAGGUGAGUAUUUAUUUUUAGGAGGUUGACAAAUGACUAGGACUUUUUAAAAUUUAUAAUUUUGUAUCUUGUGUUAUUUGGGGUUUUUUUUUUUGUUGAGAAAGAUUGGCCCUGAGCUCACAUCUGUUGCCAGUCUUCCUCUCUUUUUUUUUUCCUCCCCAAAGCCCCAGUACAUAGUUGUAUAUUCUAGUUGUAAGUCCUUCUAGUUUUGCUAUGUGAGCCACCGCAGCAUGGUUACUGACAGACCAUGCUGUGGUUCUGUGCCUGGGAACUGAACCCGGGCCGCUGAAGCGGAGCCCACUGGGCUUGAACCCCUAGGCCAUCAGGGCUGGCUCUGUGUCUUGUUUUUGAGGAAGAGGGCAGCUGAGUUUUUCUCCCAGAAUUAGUUUGAACGAUGACACUUUAUUAUCACUUGGAUUCAGUGAUUGUAUGUUAUUCCUCCACUAGAUUGUAUAUUCUUUGAAGCCAGGAUCUUUUCAAUAUGUUUAAUUUCCUUUAGGUACACAACUCAUUUGAAAAAAAAGGUCAAGCUGAUUUAGUGUAAAAAUUAAAAUUAGGUGAUUUUUUAAAAUAUUGAAUUAGUUUCUGACCUAAACUAGAAGUAUAGAUGGACCUGCUUGAGGUGUCUUUGUUUUCAUGGAAAAUGCUUUUAUUACAUGCCUUUUUUACUAUCUUUCGUUGUUCACACCCAGCUGAAAGCCUUUCCCUCAAUAUCAGCUUUUGGCUAUCUAUGUUAAUUGAUAGACUUUAAAAGGUGUAAUUAAAAUUAUUGAUUUAAAUUUUAUUACAGAUUAAAAAUGUUUUCUUUUUAGUGACUUAAUUUUUGUGUGUGUGUGUGUGAGGAAGAUCAGCCCUGAGCUAACAUCCACACCAACCCUCCUCUUUUUUUGCUCAGGAAGACUGGCCCUGGGCUAACAUCCAUGCCCAUCUUCCUCCACUUUAUAUGGGACGCCACCACAGCAUGGCUUAGACAAGCGGUGCAUUGGCGCCUGGGAUCUGAACCCGGGCCGCCAGCAGCGGAGCACGCGCACUUAACCGCUAUGCCACAGGGCCGGCCCCGUAGUGACUUAAUUUUAAAAGCAGGCCUGAAUGGGGCCUGUAUAAAACAAUUAUGUGGUACUGUUAGUUACUAAGUUUUGCUAUAUACCAUAUAAUAAGAUUGAAUAUAGCUAAUACUUAGCUUCCCUCUUAAAAAUUUUCAGACUGCUUUUCAGUUUUAAAAACUAUCCAUAUUUUAUGAACUACUCAGGAAAUUUUUCCCUUAUAAUUAUUUCUAUAGCACUCACAAGGCCUAGGGCAUUUAGGAUAAACUAGAACAUUUUCAUGUAUUUAUAAAUACUUGUAUAAACUGGUAAUGUUUUGAUUUCCCACAAUCCUCCAAAGGACUGUGUAUUUAUUGAUUUGUUGUAUUGAUAUUUUAACUUAUAAUUUCAACAGUUGAGGUCAGUGAACAUUUGUUGAGGAGUACCUACUUCUAAGCACUGGGGGUAAGAAGAAGAGUAAGACAUGGUCCAGGCCCAAAAAAGCUUGUGGUUGGUGGUAAGUUCUUGUAAGAUGUACUUCAUCGGAGCAACACUGGGGUUGAGGGAAUAUCUGAAAGCUGCUGCCUUGGAAAUUUGUGAGGAAGUGUUUCUAAAAUAUUUUAAAAUACCUGAGUCACGCCAGUCUGUUUGAAUAGAAGAAAUUGAUAUGAAGAGUCUUUUUUUAAAGAAUGAUUGUCUAAUUUUGUAAUAUACUCUUUUCAAAAUCCUUUCUAAUAGUUGUUUUUUUAUACAUUUCUUACUUUUUACCUGAAGCAUCUCGUUAGUCUUCUGGAAAAUGUCCUACAUAAUACCAGCCUUUAGACUAUCAAAGUAAAUUUUCAUUGUAAAAUAAAUCAGUUAUCUUUGUGCUAGCUAGCAACUCUUUAUAAGGCUGUAAGUUAUAAUAAACUACUUUAUUUUUGUACAUACUUCAGACAUUUUGCAAUCCAAUUACAUAGUUGAGGAUGGUGCAUUUUGAUAUGUAUGAAAUUAAUAUUUUCAAGUAAGCAGUCAGUCUCUACUGCCAUCAGAUUAUAGUAGUUUUUUGUAAUAUUUUAGUACAUAUUAAUGUAUGAAAAAAAUCUAAAAUGUUAAUAAAUGUUUAUCUAAUA